UUACACCCAUCAUCAUAUUCAAAUACGCAAACAAAAUCAAACACUCUCCCACAAGCAUCAUCAUUCAUCUCCUCCAUUUCCAUUCUCCCAAAAUGAAAACAAAGCUCAAAAUCUUGAAUCCCCACAUCCCCAAUUCCAUUUUUCUCAAUCCUAUUGCCCUCAAAUCUCUACCAAUUCAUCCCCACACCAUCAAAAUCAAACCCUAUUCCUCUAAUCCCACUCUAAUCCACCCCCCAUUCCCACACCCAAAUCUUUCUAAAGCCCUCAACUUUUUUCACUCCCUCUCACACCCACACUCAAACCCCAUUUCUCGACCCGACCCAUUUGCCCGAAUCACUUCCCCCUUCCAAAAUAACACACCCCAUCAAAACUUCACCUUCAACAAAGGCCUUAAAGACAAUGCUAGUGGGACUAAUUGUAAAGAUCCAAUUUUUACUGUUGUGUUGCUAGGUUGGCUCGGUUCGAAACGAAAGCAUAUGAGGAGGUAUGCUGAAUUGUAUGAAUCAAGAGGGAUUCAAGCUGUUACGUUUGUUGCUCCGGUUAAAGACAUGCUUUCUGUUGAUCUUGGGAGGGCUUUCUGGCAGAGGAUUUCUGGUUUAGUUGUCGAGAUAUCGGAUUGGUUAUCGGAGAAAGAAAAUGAUGGGAGGGAACGGUUCUUGAUGUUUCACACUUUCAGUAAUACUGGCUGGCUUGCAUACGGUGCAAUUCUUGAUGAUCUUCAAGGUAGACCCGAUAUACUGGACAAGAUUAAAGGGUGUGUUAUUGAUUCGGGGGGUGAUCCUAAUAUAGAUCCUAAGGUCUGGGCAGCUGGAUUCGGUGCUGCAUUGCUAAAAAAACGUAGUUCUGCAGCAUACCCAUCAGUUGAGGCUGGAGAAAAGAAUGCAGUACAAAGAGAAACAAAUGUGGCAAAGUUGGGACCAAAGAAACCCUUUUUUGCCGAAGUUGCCAUCCUAUUAGUACUGGAAAAGUUUUUCUCCUUUCUUCUGAACACGCCUGAUUUAAAUCAGAAGUUGACGAAGAUUAUAUCUGUCCUCUCAAAUAACCAGCCUCCUUGUCCGCAACUUUACCUAUAUAGUUCUGACGACAAAGUUAUACCGUAUCAGUCCGUAGAGUUAUUUAUCAAGAAACAGAAGGACAUGGGGAGAACAGUGCACUCUUUUAACUUUAAAUCAUCCCCUCACGUAGAUCACUAUAGGACUUACCCUACUACGUAUUACUCUCAGUUGCAGAGUUUCUUGGAGGAGUGUUUGGCCACCGUUAAACAAUUAUAAAACUUGUUAUAUGCAAGCCUUCUUCAGUAUAUAUAUAUUCAGGUUCCUUAUCUCCUGCCAUCUAACACCCGUAAUACCCUCAAUCGCUGUCUGCACUCUGAUUGUGCCAUUUGGAACUUAAUAGUUCUUUGUUCACCUUUCAUUCUUAUUUAAAGCUAAAAAGUGUUAUUAUAAAUGUUUUUCUUGGCGAA